CGUCAUAUUCAAGCGCCCGCUCAACUUGACAUUCCGACUGAGAGAAUGAACGUGAUCAAAAAAUAAACCUUCAAACAAACAAAGCUUCAAUAAAGCUUCAUCGCGCUGUAAUGAUGUGAUAAAGAAGCUCAUCUGAGGUCUGGGAUCGCAAACCAAGAUGCUGAGGCUCAGCCAAUCAGCAGUGUUGGUGAGUGUGCGGAUCUGUCGUCAUAGUAACCCAGCAUCCCUGAGGCCCUCCCUCAUCAGCAUCUCUCAGUGCGGGUCAUUCAGAGCUGCGAGUACGCAGGGGUCCGGCUGGUAUGAGAGCGUGGCGGAUUCCGCACCCGUCCACCAGGCGGAGCAGCUCCUGCUGUCGGUCCAGCAGCUGACGGGACUGCCCUGGUGGAGCAGCAUCAUCUGCACUACACUGGCCCUGCGCUGCAGCAUCACACUCCCGCUGGCCAUCUAUCAGGCGCACAUCAUCGCCAAGAUUGAAGUGCUGCAGAAGGAGAUCGCUGCGAUCGCUCAGCAGUUACGCUUCGAGAUCUCCGUCAGAGCCAAAGAGAAAAACUGGACAGAGCAGACAUGCAGGUUUCAUUUCAAGAAGAAUCUGCGGCGAAUCGUGUCGGAGCUUUACAUCCGUGAAAACUGCCACCCGUUUAAGGCCAGUGUGCUGAUCUGGGUUCAGCUGCCCAUGUGGGUGUGUGUGUCUCUGGCACUAAGAAACCUCAGUCUGGGCCUGGGAAACACUGAUGUGGCUGCAGGGCUGGCAGCAGGUGGCGCUCUGUGGUUUCCAGAUCUCACUGUGCCAGACUCCAGCUGGAUUAUGCCCGUCUCUCUCGGCAUCAUCAAUCUGCUCAUCACUGAGAUCUUCGCUCUCAGACAGACGGAGUCUUCAAAGAUGCAGAAAUACGCCACACACUUCAUCAGAGGAAUAUCAGUGCUGAUGAUCCCUAUAGCCGCUACUGUGCCGUCGUCCAUGUGUGUGUAUUGGCUGAGCUCCAGCUGUGUUGGUUUGGCUCAUAACCUGCUGCUGAAAUCUCCUGGGUUCCGGAGACUCUGCCGAAUCCCAGAAACACGCUUCGACUCUCAGACGCCCUACAGAGACAUCGCCGCCGCAUUCAUCCACAAAUACAGCAGAACAGGAGCUCACAGCGGUAAAUAGACUACAAUGACCAGCGCAAAAUAAAGAUGAUCUGUGGAAUAAAGAGAA